AUGGAAAGGACAUUAUCGUCUCACAUAGAAAAGACAAUAUCUUCUCUCAUAGAAAGGACACUAUCUUCUCACAUAGAAAGCACAAUAUCUUCUUACAUAGAAAGGACAGUAUCUUCUUACAUAGAAAGGACAGUAUCGUCCUACAUAGAAAGAACAGUAUCUUCUUACAUAGAAAAGACAGUAUCUUCUUACAUAGAAAGGACAGUAUCGUCCUACAUAGAAAGAACAGUAUAUUCUCACAUAGAAAGGACAGUAUCUUCUCACAUAGAAAAGACAGUAUCUUCUUACAUAGAAAGGACAGUAUCUUCUUACAUAGAAAAGACAGUAUCUUCUUACAUAGAAAGUACAUUAUCUUCUCACAUGGACAAUACAUUACCUUCUCACAUAGAAAAGACAGCAUUUUCUCUCAUAGAAAGGACAGUAUCUCCGCACAUGAACGGAACAUUAUAUUUUGACAUGGAAAGGCCAUUAUCAUUUUCUGACAUAGAAAGCCCUAUUAUCUUCUCACAUAGAAAGGUCAUUAUCUUCUCACAUAGAAAAGACAUUAUCUUCCCACAUAGAAAGGAUUUUAUCUUCGCACAUAGAAAAGACAUUAUCUUCUCACAUAGAAAGGACAUUAUUCUCUCACAUAGAAAAGACAUUAUCUUCUCACAAGGUAAAGACAUUAUCUUCUCACAUAGAAAUAACAUUAUCUUCUCACAUAGAAAGGACAGUAUAUUCUCACAUAGAAAGGAUAUUAUCUUCUCACAUAGAAAGACAUUACCUUCUCACAUAGAAAAUACAUUAUCUUCUCACAUAGAAAGGACAUUAUUCUCUCACAUAGUAAAGACAUUAUCUUCUUACAUAGAAAUAACAUUAUCUUCUCACAUAGAAAGGUCAUCUUCUCACAUAGAAAGGACAGUAUCUCCUCACAUAGAAAAGACAGUAUCUCCUCUCAUUAAAAGGACAAUAACUUCUCACAUAGAAAGGAUAUUAUCUUCUCACAUAGAAAAGACAUUAUCUUCUCACAUAGAAAGGACAUUAUUCUCUCACAUAGAAAAGACAUUAUCUUCUCACAUAGAAAUAACAUUAUCUUCUCACAUAGAAAAAACAGUAUAUUCUCACAUAGAAAGGAUAUUAUCUUCUCACAUAGAAAAGACAUUACCUUCUCACAUAGAAAAGACAUUAUCUUCUCACAUAGAAAGAACAUUAUUCUCUCACAUAGUAAAGACAUUAUCUUCUCACAUAGAAAUAACAUUAUCUUCUCACAUAGAAAGAUCAUCUUCUCAUAUAGAAAGGAGAGUAUCUCCUCACAUAGAAAAGACAGUAUCUCCUCUCAUUAAAAGGACAUUAACUUCUCACAUAGAAAGGACAUUAUCUUCUCAUAUAGAAAGAAAAUUAUCUUCUUACAUAGAAAAGACAUUAUACUUUCACACAGAAAAGACAUUAACUUCUCACAUAGAAAGGACAUUAUCUUCUCACAUAGAAAGGACAUUAUCUUCUCAUAUAGAAAGGACAUUAUUUUCUUACACAGAAAAGAUAUCAUCUCACAUUGAAAAGACAUUAUCUUCUCACAUAAAAAGAACAUUUUCUUCCCACAUAGGAAAAACAGUAUCUCCUCACAUACACAGGAAAGUAUCACUUACUUAG